AUGCCGCGCCUCUUCGAGGCGGCCGCAGGGGGGAAUCGCGAGGGCCCGAGGAGGGCAUGGAUCGACAUCUCCCAGGGCUCUUUGGAGGACUUGGGGGGCCAGGCCCUUCUGGGCUGCGCUGGCGACGGCGUCCUGUCCCUCUGCAGCGCCGAGCUGGCCGACGUCGAGAAGGGCGAGGCCCGCCAGGUGGAGGCCCUCGAUCGCGAGCUGGAGCGCCUGCUGGCUAAGCGGCGCCACCACGAGCAGCGCCGCCAGGCCUCCUCGCGGGAGCUCCGCCGCCGGGCCGUGUCGCAGUCGCCCCUCGGCCGGGCGCUGGCGGACCUGAUCCUGCCGUGCCUCGGCGCGGCGGAGGCCGCGAGGCUCUUCGCGGCGUCGCCGGCCGUGCUCUCCGCGUCGUGCUGCCUCUGCGACCCGGGCGCCCGCCGACGGGUCUACCACCUGAGAAGCAUGGCUUCGGAUCUGCCGCCGCAGAUGGCCCAGACUGUGGUCGCGAGGCUGUACUGGCCGGCGGUGCAGACUGUGUUCAUGGACCUGGGCGGGCAUGGCUGGGUGCACCUGCUGGAGGCGCUGUGGAACCCCUGGCUGGAGCACGAGGGGUCCGGAGCGUCUGCGCCGGAGCUGCAGCUGUCUUCCCUGUCGGCCCUCUCUGUCGUUUUCCCCGCCGAGCGCUCGGCGAUAUGCAGGGAGCGGUGGCUGACGGUGUCACCCUUGCUGGUGAACUUUGUACAAACUUUCGGGAACGCCCCUCUGCGGGAGCUGAUCCUCACCAACCUGAGGUCCACGGACGUCUUGACCGCCGCCCUGAGAUUCUGCGGCAGGCACCUGGCGGUGUGCCUGGCCUCCUUCCUGGGGCCCGAGAGUAAGCGGGGCGCCCUGGAGCUGCCCGACUCGGGCCUCCCGGAGCUGCAGUGCUUCUGGAUCCACCACCGCGACUUCAGCGAGCAGCGGGCCUCGCGCCAGGACCGCAUGCGCGUGCUCGCGAAGCCUCUGCUCGCCUGCUUGCGCAGCGUGCGGAAGCCAGAGAAUUUGAAGGUCCUGACGCUGACUGGCGUGCAGGUGGACGGCAGCGCCGAGGAGACCGCGUGCCUUCUGCAGGGGCUGCUCGGGUUCACCCGCUUCGCGGCCAUCUCGCUGCGCUUCUCGGUGCCCAGGACCUUCGGCGCGCUGCUGCCCCUGCGCGUGCUGUUCCAGAUGAGGCUGGCAUGGCGCGACGUCGGCGCCUUCUUCCUCAGAGACACGUCCUUGCACGGCUUCGACUACUGGCCGGAGGAGUACACUGCCGACCUCGCCAGGCUCUACCCGCGGAGCGCGAAGCCGGAGCCGUUCCAGGUGUUCGACAACGAGUUCCGCCAGGUCCUGCGGUCGCAGUACUCCACCACUCCGGAGCGGCAGUGGAGCCAGCUCCUGCCUGCCGAGAGGCGCCACUGGGACAGGGUGUCCCGCGGCCUCCAGGGCAUACCCCUCGACGAGGUGAGGCACCGGAUCUUCGAGCUGUUCCCCGGCAGCUUCUCACGGGCCUCUGGCGCGUGA